GGGAAUAAAAAGAAACAAAAAAGUAAACUUUGCCUCAUUCAAAACUUAUCUUGGUUGUUGAGCUUUUCUCAUUGUUUCACUCUCAAGAAAACUAUACUCAAUAUUGUAGAGAAGUGCUGCAUUAGUCUAGAGAUAGGAUUACUAAGAACACUUGUGGUUUACAAAAAUCAAAUUAGGGGCUAAAUAAAAGUAUGACUUUAUGUACCAGAGAGUAGAUUAAUGAUAAGUAGACAGUGAAUAAAAGUAUACUCAACAUGCAUACAUUCCCAUCUUACAAGACACUAUUAAAACAUGGUAUUAAUUAAAACUAAAAUGUCUCAGAACAAAAUUGGAAUUAAAAUUCAAGAUAGAAAAAAUAGAAAAACAAAUGAAUAGGAAAGCAAAUUGUAAAUUUCAAAGUGUGUUGAUGUACCCUGGAGUGAAUUCUCAGAUUUGUACGACCGGAAAAGAUUUUAACUGCUGAGAUUGUAAUAUUUUUUUCUUCUUUUAAGGAAACCUACUGAAACAUUAAAAAGACAGAGACUUAAAAUGAAAUAUAUAUAUAUAAAAAUACCAAAGGAAAUAUAGCACUAAUAUAUAAGGUAACAAGUGUAUUUAAAAAUAAUUUAUUCACUUCUGUUUGAAAGCAAUUUUUUUUUCUUUUUUAGCUUUCCUACUGGUGCCAUAACUUUCUUAUUUUUAUUUUGCAGAUAAAGGCAGAAAAAUACCAUAAAAAAGAAAGAAAAUAUGAAAAAUUACACAGAAGUAACAGAGUUUAUUCUACUAGGAUUGACAAAUGACCCACGGGAGCAGGUUGUGCUUUUCGUAUUUCUUCUUGUCACCUACAUGCUAAGUGUGAGUGGGAACCUGAUCAUUAUCACCCUCACCCUUUCAGAUCCCCAUCUCCAGACUCCCAUGUAUUUCUUCCUUCGGAAUUUCUCCUUCCUGGAAAUAUCAUUCACGUCUGUUUGCAUUCCCAGAUUCCUAGUCACCAUUGUAACCGGGGACAGAGCCAUCUCCUAUAGUGGCUGUGUGGCUCAGCUAUUUUUUGUCAUCCUUUUGGGGGUGACAGAGUUUUACCUCCUGGCCGCCAUGUCCUAUGACCGCUAUGUGGCCAUCUGCAAACCUUUGCAUUACACCACCAUCAUGAGCCGCAGAGUCUGUAUCCUGCUCGUUUUUAGCUCUUGGUUUGCGGGAUUCCUGAUCAUCUUUCCACCAAUAAUCCUGCUGCUGCAGCUGGAUUUCUGUGCCUCCAAUGUAAUUGAUCAUUUUAUCUGUGACUCUUCUCCAAUUCUGCAGCUUUCUUGCACAAAUACUCACUUUCUAGAACUCAUGGCUUUUUUUUUAGCUGUGAUAACACUCAUGGUCACCUUGACACUAGUUAUUCUCUCCUACACGUAUAUCAUCAGGACAAUUCUGAGAAUUCCUUCCAUGAGUCAAAGGAAAAAAGCCUUUUCCACUUGUUCCUCCCACAUGAUCGUUGUCUCCCUCUCUUAUGGCAGUUGCGUCUUCAUGUACAUUAAGCCUUCUGCAAGGGAAAGGGUGACAUUAAGCAAAGGAGUAGCUGUGCUCAAUACCUCAGUGGCUCCCCUCUUGAAUCCCUUCAUAUAUACACUAAGGAAUCAGCAAGUGAAACAAGCCUUCAAUAUCAUGGUCCAGAGGAUGGUCUUUCCUUCAAAUAAAUGA